AUGCUUGAUGUAAAAACUGGUACUGCUAUCAAAUCGUUGAAGCUAAAUGGACAUAUGCAUUCAGUAAGACCUUAAGUUUUUGAGGUUGAUUCAAAUUCAAAAGUCUAUAUUGCUAUAGACCUUUUUGCAUCAGAUACAACUUCAUUCUUAGUAAUUGAUUAAAAUCUUGGAUCUAUUAUUUUAAAAGUUUCAUUUACAAUACACACUAUCAGAAGUAUGCUUUUUGAUGAUUCUAAUUAAAAUCUUUACCUUGCUGGUAGUACAUUAAAUAUGGGGAACUACAAAUAUGUAUUGGGUAUAUUUGAUAAUGAAUUUUCUAGUCAUUAUGCGCAAGAAUUUAUUCUUAAUGGGGAUUAAAAGUACUAUUAUGAUUCUACAGUAUAGUUAAUGGAAAAUAGUAUUGAUGGAAAAUACUUGAGUGGCUGUACUUCUAGUGAUACCACCACAAUUAAUUGA